AUGGGGGCCAGUGAUAGUACCAAUAUUACAUACCCCGAGGACUAUUCCUCGAGGAGUGCCUACAUGUUCCGCCCCACUUUUCUGCAAGAGGUCCUCGAGAUAUGUUGUGAAGCCAAUAAUAAAAUUGAUCUAACCUUGUUGAAACAUGAAUGGAAAGAAUUUCCAUCAUCAUAUUCUUUUGCAAAAACACCAAUAUCAUGGUUUCAAAACGUGAAUGACAAUUAUACCCCUACAGCCCUAGAAAUAAUUACUGUUGUAUCAAUGAUUCUGCCCUAUAAAUACGGGGCUUUGCAGCAAUAUCGCGAGUGUGGUUUCAAAAAAUACACAGAACUUAUAUCUUGCCUGCUUGUUGUUGAACAUAAUAACGAACUGUUGAUGAAAAAUCAUGAGUUACGUCCAACUGGUUCUGUACCACUGUCUGAAACAAAUGGUACUGUAUUGCCUGAAGCAAAUGCAAAAUCAAGACGUGGACGUGGACGUGGACGAGCCGCAAGCGUCAAUGUCAAGUCCAACGUCAAGCUCGAAGAAAGAUCUGUUGAUAGUCGAGGGUGGUCCAAUGACUCGAGCGAGGACGAAGCGAGUAAAAGAGGCGAUGUGAUUGCUAGUUCAAGAAACCAUUGA